AUGAGCACUGGCACUGGAUAUAUUGGGUCCAAGAUCAGUCUCAUUUCAAGGUCCGACAUUCGUUAUGUGGGCAUAUUACAUAGCAUCAAUUCAGCCGAUUCAACUGUAGCUCUUGAACAAGUUCGCUCUUAUGGAACGGAGGGUCGCCGAGGCAGUCCUUCUGAGGAAAUUCCUCCUUCCGACAAUGUUUUUGAAUACAUCGUAUUUCGUGGUUCGGAUGUAAAAGACUUACAUGUUUGUGAAGCCCCUGCUCAACAACAAUCUUUACCUCCUCAAGUUCCUAACGAUCCUGCUAUUCUUGGGACUACUGCUCCUCGACCAACAAGUUUUCAGAGUUUUGCUCCACCACCAACGUUGGGAAUACAAUUACCACCUAAUCCACCUAAUUUCGCUGGAGCACAUCCGUUUUAUCUUCAACAAGUAGCUGCUGCAUCCUUUCAACAACAGCCACAAUAUUGGCAACAACCACAAGUUCCUCAACCUCAGCUAAAUAGCAACAUCACAGAGCCCGCUGCCAAAGAAGCUGAACAGCCAAAGUCACAAUUACAGAAAGAACAUUCAGCACCUGACAAGGUUGAAGAGCCUAAACCGGAUAAGUCUACAGCAGUCAAAAAUUUCGUCAAGACGGGCUCGAGUUCACGGUCUACCACUGUUACGGCUAAUAAUAGAAAUAAUGAAACCACUAAGGAAGUACCUUCAACAUCCGCUGUUGAAGAUUUGGCCAAGAAAGUCAGCGAAAUCCAAUUAACAUCAACAAAGGAAACUAAUGGUGAAAAACAAGCUGUAAGCAACCAUACUCGUUCUUCUGCCCCAAGUAAUAAUAGACUUCCCGGUAUGGGUGGACAUCUUUUGCAACAAAAUCGUAGAAGCCGUGGCAAUCGACGAAAUUAUAAUCAAAAUUACGAUCGAAACAGGAUUCCUGUCCCUCAAUCUGAUUUCGAUUUUGAAUCAUCGAACGCUAAAUUUAAUAAGGAUGAAAUUGUCAAAGAACAACAAGGUCCAGACGGCCGUCGUGGUUUAUCUGUUGCUGAAAGAAGACAAAAACAAUCAGAAGAAAGACGGUUGAAUCUUGAAACUUUUGGACAAGUAUCUAUUGAUGGUGGAAGAUAUCGCGGAGGUUAUCGUGGUCGUGGCUACCGAGGAAGCAGAGGAGGGUACCGUGGAGGCCGUGGCGCUGGAAGUGGUGGUUAUAGAGGUGGUUAUACUAGCAGUUACCGAGGGAAUAAUUAUAGGCAACAAAUGCAACAAUCAUGA